ACACCAAGAAAUAACUCCUAGGUUAAAUGUAAUGAAUGAAAGGAAAGCGCCAAUUUGACGUCGAUUGGUGUCUUCGUUUGUUGUGGGAGAUGACAGUUUGUUAAUUAGCUAAAAUACACUAUGAUAUUAUGGAUGACAGUGGAGAUAAUCUUCACAAAAAACAGGGUACCAGGUUAGUAUGUAGCAGUUUUCCAUUACUUCUUUAUUAUAGGGUCUUCAAGAAAAGCAGCCCAAAUGGAAAAAUCACAACAUACUUGUGCAAAAGGGAUUUCAUCGACAGUCUAGCAGAUGUAGAUCCGAUUGAGGGCGUCGUAUUGGUUGACCCAGAGUAUGUCAAGGGACGGAAGGUGUUCACUCACGUUUUAUCAGCAUUUCGUUAUGGACGUGAAGAUUUGGAUGUACUUGGGUUGACAUUUCGCAAGGAUCUCUAUCUAGCCUCAGCUCAAGUUUACCCUCCAGUUUAUGCAUCCGUAUCCGAUAACUGUGGAAGGGUUCUAUUAAAUCCGGCAAGUACAGCUGUUUGUGGAAAUUCUAAGCCUCCUGGUCCAGAAGUUUCUGAAGGGACAGAUGAUAGUUUACACUCUGGUACUCUUCCACUGACAAGACUACAAGAACGUCUGAUUAAAAAGUUAGGAAGUAAUGCCUUUCCAUUUUACUUCAAGCUUCCUGCAGACGCACCUGCUUCAGUUACACUUCAACCAGGUCCAAAUGAGAACGGCAAACCAUGUGGUGUAGACUAUGAACUAAGAACUUAUGUGGCUGAGACAUCGGAUGAUAAAUUACAAAAACGUAAUGCUGUUCGACUUGCUAUUCGUAAACUGACUUAUGCACCAGAAGAACCAGCCCCACAACCAUCUGCAGUGGUCCUUAAAGAAUUUAUUAUGAGUCCAGGUACACUUCGUUUGGAGGUCUCUCUAAAUAAAGAAAAAUAUUAUCAUGGUGAAUCAAUAGAUAUCAAUGUUUUGGUAGACAAUAAUUCAAAUAAGACAGUGAAAAAAAUCAAAUUGUCAGUUCGUCAGUAUACUCAAUUAUGCUUACACAAUAACAAUCGUUAUAACUGUGUUGUGGAUGAAUUAGAAACUGAUGAGUCAUUUCCUAUUUUACCAAGUCAAACGGGUUGGUGUAAAGUAUAUAAACUACGUCCAUUACUUGCCAAUAACAGACAUAAACGUGGUCUAGCAUUAGAUGGUAAAUUAAAACAUGAAGAUACAAAUCUAGCUUCAUCCACAAUUAUAUGCAAUCCGAACCAUAAAGAAAAUCUUGGCAUGACUGUUCAGUAUCGUGUAAAAGUUCGAUUAGUAUUGGGAUUCGUGUCAAGUGAUGUCAGCGUGGAACUUCCAUUCACACUAACUCAUCCAAAACCUGAUUCAGAUGUCAAUGGUACUUCAUCAAAACUAGUUAUUGAUGAUGAUAAUGAUAUUCUUCAUCCUUUGUUAUCUGGAUCUGAUGAUAGACUAAAACAUAAUCAGCAUAUCUUGCAACAAUCCCAGUUUUAUUCAAACGAACAAAGUUCAUCUGAUCGUAAUGUAAAUAUUACAGAUGAUUUAAUUAAAUUGGAUGAUGGAAUAAAUGACAAUAAAGCAUAUUUAGUCAGUAGUGUUGGUGGCGGUGUUGAUGAUGACGAUGAUUUGAUUUUUGAAGAUUUCGCUCGUCUACGUUUAAAAUCAUAUGAAUCUGAUAAACGUGUGGAUAUAGCAGAUUCAUCUACGGCUGAUCCAACAGUGGCAACAAAUGUCAAUACAUUUAACGCUGUCAUUUCUCCAUCAUCAACGUCAUAACAGUAAUUUUUUUAAAAAAAUGUAUAUUUCCUUAUUUUCUACUAUCAUUCUUUCUUGAAUAGUUACACGAUUUUUUUCUUUUGCUUUCAUUAUAAUAUAUAACUAUAGUGAUUAUUUGUAUUUUUGUGGGUACUACUACUACUACUAAUACUAAUACUACUGAUAUUCAGUGCUUUUAACUAAUGCUUUUGUUUAUUUCAAAAGAAAUUUUAAUUCAAUAAUGUCAGUUUAUUAAAGUAAAUCUUUUCUUAAUUAUUGUUCAGGCUGAUUGAUUAUGAUUUUUAGAUCAGCUUGAAUUUAAAACUGGAAAAAUAAACAGAUCAUUUUGACUGUUCAAUAUUUCUCUUUCUGUCACUCUCUCUCCCUCCAUGCUCAUUUGGUUUCUCUUCAUUUUAUAUGUGUCUUUCAUCAGAAUAGUUUGAUCAGUUUGUUUCCUUAUAGAAGUUGUACUAAUGUUAUAUAUUCAAAGUAUUCAUUUUCAAUGUAUUCAACUUUAUUUCUUAUUCUCAUUCAUAAGUAUAAAUUAUUUCAUAACAAUUAUCUAUCAAUUUUCUUUCCUUUUGUUGUUGCAAAUCUCACAAAUUAAAUGAAAACUAAUGAAAAGUAAAUGAAUGAAGAAAUCUCUUAAUGGAAUUUGUCAAUAUCAUUAUUAUCAUUAUUUAAGUUUUAAUGAUUUAUUUUGAAGGAAUAAAAGUCUUGUAUAUUUGUAACUUUUAAUUGAGUUUUACAUCAAAAUAAUAAUGGACUUGGUGAUAGAAGUAUAGUAAGUAAUAAGUGUUCGAUUAGUAAUGAUCAUCUAUUAAGAAAAGUGUAUCAGUAUAUUUGUUUUAGUGUUUAUUUGGGUAUUAUACAUAUAUAUAUAUAUAUAUAUCUUUGGUUUUAGUUUUACUUAACUGAAAUUAGACUCAUCUCAUGAAGAUUUGUUCUAUUCGAACACAAUGAUGAUUAUACUACUGAUAUUAUUUCUUAUUUAAAAUGAUCCCUCAAUCUAUUUUUUAUAAUUUAGAAAUGAAUUAUUGUUUAACUAAUGUAUCUUUAAUGUUUCUAUCGUGUAAAUAAGUGAGAAUUCUACAUUAAUACAUCAUCAAGUGUUCGUCUUAACUUCUAUUUAUCGUUGUUUUAUUCGUCACCGUAACUGUUUGUUUGUAGUUAUUUGUUAUUGACACAUCACCAUUAUCAUAAAUGUUGUUGUGAUUGUCUUCAGUUUCUUUACACACACACACACAUACCCAUUCUUUGCUGAUUGUCAUACCCUGUGGCUAUUAUUUUCGUUUCUCAUUUACAUAUCCUCCUUUCUUUAUGUUGUUUCAUAGCUGUUUUUAUUCAUUAUUACGAUUAUUAAGUUUAAAAUUUAUCAGUCGAAAAACCUUUGCAAAGAACAAACCGAAUAAAGAAAAGAAUAAAUGAAGUGAAAUUAAGCGAAUCUAUUAAAAAUCUAAUGAAGUUUUCUUUAAUUUGUAUAGUAAAAAUAUAUCUUUAUAUUUUUUACUUCAUUACUUGUGUUGUCAUCAAAAUUAAAAACAAAGUGUACAGUCGAAUAAACAUAGAAAAUAUAUAAGCACAUUAACAUUUUAAGUAGUCUAUGACUGAUGUGAAAUUUUAAGCUGCUCCAGAGACUUUUUGAAAUGUACCGUACAACAGAAUAUUUCAGACUGAAGUAAUUCAUUUCUCUACUUAUUAAUGAAGUUUUUAAACAGUCGAUUGUACCGUGA